AAAAAAUUCGGGUUUUUAGCAAAUAAUGCGACGGCGACGGUGUAUUCCAGUUAUCAACGAUAUUACCGAGGGAUUUGCUGCCGAAGAGCUGGAAUAUGCAGUUUUCGACGAAUCUCUCUUCACAUCGAUUUGGAAAUCGCCGGAAAGACUAUCGAACGAAACAGACUUCCAUCUGCUUUUGACAGCGCUUUCCCGUGAAAUCGCCGCUGAAAACUACCAGGAGCCACUUUUAAUCCUAAAAUUCAUGAAAAAAACCGCGAUUGGGCAGGAUGAAGUGAUAAAUCGAAUUUUCACAUCAUUAUUGAAGCAAAUUUUACGAGAUGAAACGAGAAAAAAGCUGGAUCCUCACGUUGUGCUGGAUUUUUUGGACGCCGGCGACAAGUUAUUCCUUGAUUCUGAAACUUCAAAAAAAGCAUAUGCAAUUCUAAAAUUGUAUUUUCUCUGCAGAAAUCGAAAAUCCAAGCUAGAGUGUUUUUCGUGCGGUUGUGUGCAAAAAUACUUUAUCGAGCUCUACAAGGAUGGUACGAGGCUUCACGAGGCGUUAAACUGCCUGAUAAAAUCAAAAUUGUCGGAUUCGCCCACAAUUAUCGAACGGCUUUUCAACGCGAUGACGGUGAUUUCAGCGAUAGAAUAUUUUGAAUAUUAUAUAGAAUUACUCGGAGAGCUUCAGAAUUGCUCGGUUAUUGACAAAACCGACGAAAAGCCGCCAUCCCGGCUCAUUCAACUUCUCGGAUUAUUGUGUGAAACGAGGCUUGAAGAUAUUCCCCGAGCGUGCUCAAAGCUCAUUUCUCUACUGGAACCGGUGAACGAAAAAGAGCAAAAGAAGAAAUUCUCAAUUUUGGAAACCGUGUUGAAAAGCAAGCUUCUGCCUCGAAUUUUCGACAAUUUGAUGGCUAAUCCGCUCGCUAAGCUUGAUUUAAAUCGGAAUUCUGUGCAGAAAUACGUGGAAAUUAUUGUGAACGAGAAGUAUUUGUAUGCUCUGGAGGCGAGCGUGCUUUUCGCCCCGUUGCAGCUUUUAAAUCGCAUUUUUCUAGAAUUCGAUGCGUUCGCAAAAUCGUGGCCAAUAAUCAAAAAUCGCCUGGAAUUGGUGACAAUCGACGCCCCACAGGCAUCGAUUUUGCUCAUUUACGUGCUCAGUUUGAUCUAUAGAAAUGAGGCCAUACUACUCGGCGAAUUCGAUUUGUAUCUGGAAAAGCAAUUUCCAGGUGCUUCUGUGGUUGGAAAGCGGAUUAUCAUCAUUUUCUUCGAUAUUAUGAAGCUCCUCGGCGCCGAAAAACCAAAAAUUCACUCUUAUUUCAAAGAAAAUCGCACAAAAACCAAACUUCUCAUGAACUCGGAGCUCGAGCUCGCCGUUGAAUAUCUUCGAGAUUUCUCGGAUUACGAAUUGAACUGGUUCCUACAGCAGAGAGCUGACGAGGAUUUUCAAUUUUUGUUGGAAACGGCAAAAAAUCUGCAGGCGCCGGUGAAUUCCGACGGAUUUUGGCGGAAUUCGCUGGAGAAAUUCGAUGAAAAUUCGAUUAUUUUCAUUGAAAAUCAGCUGAAAAUCAUGGCCACACGAAUCGAUCGAAAAGGAUUAGCACUGAGAAUUCAACAAAUUUCACAAAAAAUGAUGCAAAAAUCUGGAAAAAUCGAGGAAAAAACCGCGAUUUUCAUUAAAUUCCCGCAAAUUUUGUUGGAAAUUGCCGAUUUUUCGAUUUUGCCACCGAAUUCUUCAAAUUUGCUGUUUUCUACGUUAAUUUUGGGAUUUUCUGCGUUUUACGACGGAAAUGAAGCCCAAUUCAACGACUUAUUUCGUCAAUUUCUCUCAAAAACGAUUCCCAACUCGACAUGCACGUCUCCAAUGGAAAUUAUUGAGGAAAUUUGCGAAAAAAUCCGAAUAAAAUCCAAUUUUCGCCACUUGCCAGACAUUUCAUUCUUGAAACCCAAUCCCGACACGAUUAUCACACAAAUUUCGGAGAUUUUCGACACGAAAAUCGCCAAAAACGACGAACGAAUCGUCGAAAUUUGCUCGAUUUUGUUGGAAAAGCUGGCGCCGCAACUUCAAGCCUUCGGAGAUCGUGGCAAGACCCCAUUUUGUCAAAUUGUGAAUAUUAUUGUUGAUAAAUAUGUGAAAAAUUCGGUGGAACCCGUCAAUUUUCAACUUUUUCGGGAAGUUUGUGAGCGAGCUGUCGACGGAUUUGCGAUGAUGACAGAGCAAUGGAAUUUCCUGUUUCUUUCCGCAAAAAUCCUGACGAUUUUGAACUUGACGCGGCGGGAAGCGGGCUUAUUCGCUGUUUUAAUGAGAAAAAUCAAUAAAAAUGAGAUUCUUCUCACAAAACUACGCGGCAAGAAGGAAUUUGUGCAGUUGGAGGGCUCUUUGGAGCUAUAAAUGAAGAGAAUUUUGGGUAAAAAGCUGGUCAAAACUACACGAUGGACGGGCUUUAUCGAUUAUUUUGGAAUUUUUUUUUGUUGAAAAAAUAACAUUUUUAAAUUAUUUUUUUGUUUUUAUUGAAAAGAGUAACAAUUUUUGGCUCUGAAAUAUUUUUUUUUAUUCGAAAAAUUUUUUUUGUCGGACAGGUUCUGGAUUUUUUUGUGAAAUUUUCACUGAAAACUCGCAAAUCGGAGUGAAAAUUGAACAAAAAUCGAUAAAAAAUGACAAAAAACGAUUUAAAU